GCAGGAUGGAAAGGAACGAAGAGUGAUAAAAUAUCAAUGCGAUAAGCCUAUGCAAAGCAAGCUAGCUUAGCUAGGUCGGUUCGGUUCUGUCGGGCUUUCAUUAAUUAAUUUAAAGAUAAUUUUAUUGGUUAUUAACUGAUCCGCUGCAACUAUUUAUUUUAAAUCUUAAAAUCAAUCAAAGGUAUUUAUACAAAAUAAUAAUGACCGCGGAGGCUGAAGAAAACUUGCGUUAUCGAAGAGCUCAAAGUGUAACAAGAGCGGAAGAAAUUACAGAGCAGGAGAAAAGAGUUAGAAAACUACAAUUAGAUAAACCAGUACACAAACCUCGUGAUUCCCUUUUCUCAUGGAGUUCAGAAUUUGCAGAUUUUACUGGUUUGGUCAACUGGGGUUUUCUUAUGCUAACUAUAGGAGGUCUUCGUCUGUUUCUUGAAAACUUGCUUAAAUAUGGUUUCCGUGUCAAUCCUAUUGAAUGGAUCAUAGUGUUAACGGGAUACAAUGAGGGUGAUAAUCGUCAAUAUCCCUCAGUUGUGCUGUUGAUUUUUUCGGUAGUUCCUGCUGUGGCCAGUCUUCUAAUUGAAAAGGGUAUUGCAGUGGGCAUACUUUCAGAAAAUAUUGGAAUAACUUUGCAGGUUUCAAACAUAUUAUUCAUUGUGUCACUACCAGUGGUUGUCUUGUAUUUCAAAGGAACAGAUUUCAGUUUUGUGGGAAUAUCAACGGUUUGUUUUAUAUAUCUGAUACUAUUUCUGAAGAUAUGGAGUUACGCCCAAACAAAUCAUUGGUGUCGAAAUGGCGCCAAAGGCAAAAAAUCCAAUAACAAGUUACGAAGACAGAGUCUUUCAGCGCCAAAUUGGAAUUCCCUUAAUAACGCUGAAAUUGAGCAAUCUGAAGAGGAGAAAAGCGACCAGGCGGCGGCAGCCGGCCUCGUGAAGUAUCCGGACAAUCUCAAACUGAAGGAUCUGUUCUACUUCCUGCUGGCCCCGACACUGUGUUACGAAUUGAAUUUCCCCCGCACUACACGUAUAAGGAAGAGGUUCCUGCUGAAGAGACUAUUGGAGGUAGUGUUCGGAGUGAAUCUGAUCCUAGCGCUGUUUCAGCAAUGGAUGAUACCGUCGGUCACCAACUCCGUGGAUCCGUUCUCACACAUGGAGCCUAUGAAGAUCACCGAGAGACUACUUAAACUGGCUGUGCCGAACCAUUUGAUAUGGCUGUGCUUCUUCUACCUGACGUUCCACUCGUUCCUAAACCUGAUGGGGGAGUUGCUUCAGUUCGCGGAUCGCAAUUUCUACGGAGAUUGGUGGAACGCGAACAACAUCUCAGUGUUUUGGAGGAGUUGGAACAUGCCUGUGCACAUGUGGGCAGUUCGCCACGUGUAUCUGCCAAUAACCGCCAGGGGGCAUAGUAAGCUCGUGGCGAGCAUAGUGGUUUUCGUCAUAUCGGCGCUGUUUCAUGAGUAUUUGGUAAGCGUCCCCUUACAGAUGUUCCGUAUCUGGGCCUUCCUCGGCAUGAUGGCGCAGCCGCCGCUCGCCGUCAUCUCUCGCUUCGCACAACUGCGCCUCGGCGCUCGCUGGGGCAACAUCAUCGUAUGGAGCUCACUGAUUCUCGGACAACCACUCGCGAUCAUGAUGUACUACCACGAUUACGCACUCGCGCAUUUUACACCACCUCAGUGAUGUUUCCGCUUUCUCUUUAUGUAUGUUUAAAAAUGUUAACUUCAAAGCCCAAAAUAAAUAGAGCAUAAAAUUGGUUGGUGAUUAAAAAAAAACGUAUCGCUACCUCAAAAAACUGCCUGAUUUACAAUAAAAUAAAGUAAAGUUUACAAACAAAGUAAUUAAAUAUAAUAAUAUUUGAACGCCCGCUUUUUGAGGGAACACUGUGAAGUCACAAUCUGAACUCAACCUUAGGAGUGAUUCGGCAAAUAUUUUAGUCUGUAAAAAUAUUUUUAACACUACACUUGUUCAUAGUUUCACUUUUUAGUUUUUAUAGGCUAAUACAAAUUCAAUUUAUUCAUUGAGGUUAGAAAGUGAGCUGUCAACUAGUCUGUACAAUUAAAAAGUACAAGUUGUGAAAAUUAUUUAACAAUUGUGCCAAAAAUAGCUGUUAAGUGAUUAUGUUUUAAAUUUUUUAUAACAUUAGUCUCGAGAUAGUAUUGUAGAUUAAAAAGUAGGUGAUGGGUUUCGAGCAAUAUCAAUAUUUAUAUAUAUUCAUUUUGGAAUAUAACAGGGAUAAUAUUUUUCUAAUCUACUAAUAUAAUUUUA